AUGUGGCUCCGCUAUGUAGACGACACCUUUGUCGUAAUAAAGAACCGCGACGUCGAAAGGCUACAUCAGUGGCUGAAUGAAGUCUUUCCGGCCAUAGAAUUUACCCGCGAAGAGGCAGUAGGAGACACUCUGUCGUUUCUGGACGUGAAAAUACAAAGGCUGGAUGACGGUAACCUCGCAACCAGCGUCCAUAGAAAAGGGUCUGAUUCUGAGAUCAUCCUCAAUUAUGGAAGCAAUCACCCUGCGGCUCAUAAAAGAAGCUGCGUCCGAAACCUCUUCCACCGGGCCUACCGGUAUUGCAGCAAUGAAGAUCUGCUGAAGAAAGAACUAGGCUUUCUAUAUCGGCUAUUUCGAUCUAACGGAUACCCAGUCAGUUUCGUGAAGAACUGCCUCAGACGUCAGGCACAACCUCGAGACCCCUCCUCAGAUGUAGAAACCGUGACGGGGAAAUUCUUCUCCCUGCCCUAUAUGCAGGGGACCUCAGAAAUGAUCGCCCGUCAGUUAAGUCAGUUCGGUAUUCGCGUUUCCCACAAACCUGCAUCCCCGCUGCGCACAAUCUUAACUCGAGUAAAGGAUUCUAUCCCCAAAGAGGAACAGACUAACGUCAUUUAUCGCAUCCCGUGUGCCAAUUGUCCGUGCGUAUAUGUUGGUCAUACAGGACGACGCCUGGGAACUCGUAUUAAUGAACACAAACUAGCUGUCCGUCGCCGUGAUCCACUCUCCCUCGUCUUUGCGCACACACUCCAGUGCGACCACCGUUUUAAUUGGGAUAACACCGAGGUCAUCGCCACGGCCAACACAAAACGGGCGAGAGAAUUCCUAGAGGCAUGGCACUCUAACGCGGAUAGCAUCAACCGCCAUGUUGACCUAGACGUCCAUUAUGAGGGCCUAAGAUCACGCCUCAAUAAGCCGAGCCCCACGCCGCAUCAGCAGCCGCUAAUCCAGGCGCCCGCAGUUCUGCCAACCUACCGUUCUCCCUCCCCUCCAACACGGCAGCCGUAA